AUGAAAACCCAUCUUUGUUUCUCCUUCCUCGUGCUUGGUCUUCUCGUUGCUUGUGGAAAUGAGGUGGAAGCAGUGGUGGAACCUAAUUGCAUAGUGCAAGGCACAACUCAGCAUUGUGAACCUUUCAACAGUCCUUGUGGGUGGGUUUGCAGAUCACAUUUCAAAUCAGAAAAAGCAGUGGGAGUUUGUAGUGAAAAGCGAAAUGGAGGUAGCAAGGAGGUUGGUUUGCGAUGGGUCUCUGUGGAGGUGAAUGGCCAACAGUUGGGGCUGAAUGGUGAGGGAGAAAUGGAUGUGGAGUGGCCAUGA